GUCUUCGUAGUCUUUGUGCUCUUUAUUAGAAGAAAAGCCACAUCCACAGGGAAUGCGGUGCUUCUUGUGGGACCUUGUGAUUCAGGCAAGACCGCCAUCCUGUCAACGCUUGUAUACAAUCAAACGCUCCCGACCCACACGUCGCUCCAGACAAAUACGUCUCUAGUUAUCGACGUUCCAGGUCAUCCUCGUAUACGGGAUCAGUUCAAGGAGCAUCUGCCUCAAGCGAAAGCCAUCGUAUUUGUCGUGGACUCGAGUACUGUCUCCAGAAAUGGGCCAGCUGUAGCCGAGCAUCUCCACCGGGUUCUUCAUGCCGUCACGUCGCUGCCCCCAUCGCAACACACGCCGGCUUUGGUAGUUUGUUGUCACAAGACCGACCUACUCAAGUCUGUCUCUGGUGGCGGACCCGCUGAUCAGCUGGCCAUUAAUCGGGUGCGAAGUAUCCUCGAGCGGGAGCUCGAAAAGAGAAGAAUCUCCCAAUCGGGAGUCGGUGUUGAGGGACUCGGUGAAGAGGGCGAGGAUAUGAGUGAGAUGGGUGGACUGGAGUGUAGCGGACCUGGCGGGACAUUCAGGUUUGCUGAGUGGGAGGGGGGAGAAGUCGACUUUGUUGGGACGUCAGUCACGGUCGGGAAGCGAAACGAAGUUGUGGAUGAGAAGGCGCUACCAGAUGGUCUCACGCCGUUACGGGAGUGGAUUGAGCGGCUAUCAUAA